AUGAUGAACAUCAGUUUCUCUCCAGAUAGGAAUGAACUGCCAUUCACCCUCAAGCUUUACCCUAAUUCCAAGACAGACUCUUCUCCCAAUUCUAACACACUUGAAUCUGCUAACGAUUCCGAUUCCAAAACUUCCUAUCCUUGGCUGUCUGUCACAGAGGGAGCAGGUGAGCUGUCGCCUGGUUUCAUCAGAGGAGUGUUCAAACUCAAAAGAAGAGCAUCUACUACACUAUCUCCUCCUCCUUCACCUCCACAUAUUGAGGAAAAGCUUGAAGAGCCUGAACCAGUGCAUUUGGAGUUGUACAAUAAGUUCAAACAAGAACCAUUAGGAAUUUCUUUUCCUGUAGUUAACUAUGAUUCUGUCGGUGAUCCAGGUGGAUUGGGUAUCAACUUUGACCACCCCAGUCUUGACUUCGACAUCAAACUUCCAAAGUUCGAGCUGUCGUCUACGAUUCUUAGCAGUGCAGGAACCCCACCAUCCUCCAAGACACCCACAAAGCAAAAAUCGUCUUCUCCUUUUGAAAGGGUCAAACAGUUGCUUUACAGAAACCAUUGGCUGCACCAUGAUAUGAACAAACAAAGUGCUGAGUUUUCUGUGGCUUCUUCCGAGUUCAGGUCUCCUGUGAACAUGAGGAUUCCUGUUAAAGAAGAUUGGAAAACAGGAGUUGGGGUGCCAAUAGACAUCUCGAUCUUUCAGAACAACGGUUUUGGAUCUCCCAUAAGCGAACAAUGUGUACAAGAUAAUAAGAGUAUCAAGUUCAAACAAUACGUGGAUAUGCUAGUUUACAACAACAAAUUUCCUUACAGUUCAUCUACAUCCUCCGAGAAAAUAGAUCGCUCCUGUGCGAGUCCAGUGUCAAACGAUUCAUACCAAGACAACUCCAAUUGGAGCAAUGCCUGGCCAAAGAAGAGACUUCGCAAGAGUAAAUCUGCGCCAUUCAAGCGCAUGGUUCCAUUAGAGUCCAGCUAUGAGGGACUGGAGAACCCUAGUACUAGAAGAAAAAGAUCGAUAUCGUUAUCGCUUACGAGAAGAACUAUCAAGAACAUCUCCAAUAUUCCCGAGACACCAGCAAGUCGUCCCGUAAGCUCAAUAUUGAAAAACAAGAUAAACUCCAAUUUCGACAUCGAGCGCCAAAACACGGUUCGGGAUGAUACCGUCAAUAUAGAGGCAUUCUUGAAAAACUUUGAGAGAUUCGAGAUGGAAAAAUACGAGAAGGAAUCGCAAUUGGAACACCUCCGCCAUCAGCAGAUCCAGCACUACUACGAAAACGAGGAAUUUGCUUAG